AUGGAGGAGGCGAACGAGCGAGAGGAGAAUGAGUUCACCACCGGUCCACUGAGCGUGUUGACCGCGAGCGUGAAGGCGAACACGCAGGUGCUGAUAAACUGUAGGAACAAUCGUAAGCUCCUCGCCAGGGUGAAGGCGUUCGACCGACACUGUAACAUGGUUUUGGAAAACGUCAAGGAGAUCUGGACCGAGGUUCCGAAGACUGGCAAGGGGAGCGCGAAGGCGAAACCGGUGAAUAAGGAUCGGUUCGUGAGCAAGAUGUUCCUGCGGGGGGACUCCGUGAUCCUGGUUUUGAGAAAUCCCAAGUAG